GGAAAAGCUCGUGCGAAUCACGUUGUGCAGUGUGAAUUUGUGGAAAACGGUGGAAAAUGUUCGAUGUUCGGUCGUGGCAUCGAACGAACGGCGAAACUGAGUGUUAUUUCGAAGGGGGAAGUGCGCGCGUCGUGCAAGUGAGACGGUACAAUCGACGAUAGUGGGGAAGCCGAGUGUAACCGAGCGAGAGACGAAGCAAGAUCGACAAAGACCCAGCGAGACCGCAACAUGACGAACGCCCGGCAGCAGCCGAGGUGCGGGCAGUCUGCGCACGGACAUCGAUCGAAGCUCACGUUCAGUUAUAUCCACUCCCCAAAAUUCCCGGUGUUUUCUUUUCGAUUCAUUGACACACCGCGUAUAACGAAGUUCGGGACGCGAACGAUUGCGACGCAAUUUACGACACGCCGCCCCCUCGAUCCUGUGAGUCGUGUUUCGAUGUGGUGACAUUUGUGCCUUCUGGAGAAAAAGACUGAAAAUCAUCGUUGUCCCGGACCACCUCGAUUCUACAAUUCUGCCAAUUCAACAUUUAUAUUCUGCUAAUCGUCAUACAUCGAUUGAACAGAAGCAUGGUUUGUGGCUAACCUCUACACAUUCGUCACCGAUGAGUCAAGCAUCCUAAGGAUUUGUGCAUGGGGGUCCAUAGUACGUAGAAAUUCUUAUAUAAGAUACAUCUGUGAAUACAACCAUAUCGGAGUGCCAAUAAUGCUGUAAUAAUCUUUGACUGUCGGCUUUUCUGCAAAAACAGCAAUUGAAAUUGUGGAAGGAUGUUUAAGAGGCUGUCGAAGUCGAGGCGGCACAGCGCCGAUGACGUGGCCCUUUCGUUAUCGAGCCCGACGACCCUGGACGAGCCACCGGGGACGUCUACACCGCGGGACAACUGUCAGAGCAUCAGUCCAGCCGCCCUGCUGAGGGUUUCGAGGACGAAGUACACCAGGAGAAGCUGCGGGGACGCGAGUGCCAUGCAGGCGUUACUCGCCACCAGCAAGCAGGAACAGGAGCAGGACGUAGCUGAGGCGGAUUAUCAAAUGGUCACGGCCGUUCCUGCCUUCAUCGUUGAGCACGAGCCCGAGAAACAACGUGGCUCGAGUUUUGGAGUGUGGGGUCGAAGGAUGAGCAAGAAGAUAGACUCGUUCCGUCGGGCUGGUUCCCGCGAAACGAUCUGCUCCAUUUCCGAGAGGCCCGACACAGGGAAUAGCGGGAACAAUAACAACAUCGCCGCAGCGAGCAACAACAACAACAAUAUAAAUCCGAAAACGGAGAAACCGCUACAGGCGGAGCACGCGAAGCUGGAAAGCAAACUGGAAAGCAAACUGGAGAAGAGAAUUCCUGGAGGUACGUUUCACAGAUCACCCUCGCCCUUCAAAUCCUUCUUCAUCCGCAUGGGCUCGACGGGGAUGUUGAACUCGGCCAGGGGCAACAGACGCUCCCAGAACAUCGAGGACAGGUUGAAAACGAGCGAGAAGGAGAAUUUGUUCCGAAGUUGCAGCACCAGCCAGUUGAACACCAGCCCUACCUACGUGAAAGGCGACGAUCCGUCGGAGGGGAUCGAUCUUCAGAUAGCUAAUCGAAAAGACAAGACCGUGUCUUGCGACAAUCUGGCCGGCCGUCAGAACGACGAAGCGUUCGACGAGCGCGUGAACGACGCCUCCGCGAAUCUGUAUCCGCUCGGGAACAACGGGCCCAUAACGAGUUUCAGCCCGUGCGACUUUGGACAAUCGCGGAACGAGUCUCCCAUGCGGAAGAGCAGCAGCUGCGACUUCAAGGAGGCGAAGAAAUCCAGCUUCCCGUACGCAUUCCUGCGAUCGAAACUCUCCGUCCUGCCCGAGGAACGUCACAGCACGUUCGCCUCGAAAGACGAGCGCCUGUUCAAGACUGCGUCCGAGGAGCACUUCCCUGCGUUGAAGAUCGAGGACACGUACACGGGCACGACCACGCUUGGUCGACGACGAGCCAGGAACGGGAAUAUGUCCAGGGGGAGCCCCAACAAGGAACCGUCCACCUCGAAAUCGGGGCGGAACUCUUACACAGAGUUUCGAAAGAGUGCGAGUAGCAGGUGCGAGGACAGGUACAGUCUGAAUCCGGGACACUUGGAGAGGAUCGACGACAACUUCCAGCAGGAGGACACCGGAUGUUACAGCUCGUACGACAGCAGCCCGAUGUCCCUUAGAGGGAACGCGAGCGUCCAGCAUCCGGAGAGCGGCCAGGAUAGAGUGGACUUCGCAGGAAGGAUGAACGAGGCUAGAUUCUCGGAGACGUCCUCUUUGAACGUGGACCUGGACAUGGUGGCCACGUUGAGGAAACACAGGAGGAACUCGGCCCCGAGUGGCGAGCAGAGGCUCUCCUCUCAUUACGUGAGCUCGAACGAGUCCGGCUACGAUAGCGACGGACCCAGAGGAGAGUCAGCAGCUGCUUCUGAGAACGAAGGUUUGAGCCUGAAGUGCACGGACAGCUCGGACACCAGCAGCGUGGUCGAUUCGGAAUUGGAGAAACCUAUAAGGAGUUCCACUCCGAGCGAGUGCCAGGAACAGGAGAACAGCAACGAAACCAGGACGAGGAAGAACUCCGAAACGGAGGGCGUGAUGAGAGCUGGAAAUUCCGAGUUGAACGACGGUAUAGACGGGCUUAGGUGGCACCAGAGCAAUUCUGGCAGAUUGUUGCCGAGCAUACAUCAGACUUACGACGAUGCCGCGAUGAACUCCCAAUUCCCAGUUUGUGGGAAUGGGCUGACCGCGUUGCAAAACUCGUCCAAAUCGUUGGACAUUUCGCCUCAUAGAAUGAGACUGCAACAGGACAAGACUAGGUUUCUUAGCGAUAUUAUUCAGCCGCCUAAGAGAGUGAGGAGAUGUCGGUUGGUGCAGUUGCAUAAGAGGGACCCGAAGGAAAGCUUGGGUAUCCGGUUGGCGCAGCAACGCUUGCCCGAGCUGCGGUACAUCGUUGUUCAGCUGGAGAGCGAUGGAAUAGCUCAUAGAGACGGAAGACUAAGGCUGGGCGAUGAGAUCGUGGAGGUGGAAGGCAAAGAGUUGAGGACAUUGGAGAGCCUCGAGGAGGUCCAAGAGUUUCUGAGAUCCUUCACGGGCAACAAGAUACGUUUGAUGACCGCGUACGAAGAGACUGUGCCACAAGUGUACGUAAGCCCACCGACCUUACCUGGGGAGUACGAGUACCUGGAAAAUGCAAAGAAUCUUUCCAAUCUGUCGUUGAUCGACAGCGAAACGAAGCAAACAGUACAAUCGGAGGAAUCGGGCAAAUCCACCGCGGACGAAGUAGUUCAAUCCUCGAAAAGGCCAGACUUUUUACCGCUCUCCUGCGUGUCCAAGGAGCGAAAAGGCGGUGAGAGUAAUUUGGAAUCGGCCACAGAGCCGCAACAUUAUUUGACGAGGCAUAUCGCCAAAUUCGAGAAAGGCUACGGCAAGCCUAGUCUUGGUUUCAGUGUAGUGGGUGGUAGGGACAGCCCUCGUGGUGAGAUGGGCAUCUUCGUGAGAAGGGUUUUUCCUGGUGGCCAGGCUGAUGUCUCCAAGUCAUUGUUUCAAGGUGACGAAAUUUUAAGUUUAAAUGGAAAAGUGUUGCGUGGUUAUACUCAUCAAGAAGUAAUCGAAUUGUUCAAGGCAGUAAGGGAAGGUCCUGUCGAGUUAGAAAUCACAAGGAGACACAGGUAUCCAAAAAGUACGCAAAAAUCCGCGCCAUGCUGAGAAGGAGGCAACGUGGACGAAUCUGCCCACCGGAAGUGCUCUUUCGAAUCGAUUUUAAGCGACCUAACGUUCGCUGCAUACGAAGUUUUAGGAUUCUAGUCUAUCAGAACGAAUCUUUGAUCUUUGAUGUUUGUUUCAAUUAAUUUAUUUAACGCGAUGUCGCAAUUGCAUAAUGAUUAAGUUUAUUAUCGAAUGGUUAUUAUUAUUGAUUAUUAUUGACUAUUAUUAUUAUAUUAUUUUUAUUAUUCUAUUAUAUUAUUAUCAUGACUAUAAGAUUUUAUACAGGUACGUUGAAACAGCGUGAAUUUAUUGUAUGCAAUUUCUUUUAUUAUUAUUAUUUUUAUUAUUAUUAUUACUAUUAUUACUAUUAUUAUUAUUAUUAUAGAGGACAAUAAAGAGGUCGUAAUUUUAAGGUGCUUGAGGAAUCUGUUGUUUGCGAAACAAAAUGAUGUGAAACGAUCGACAACGUAAUUUUUCGAUAGUUAUUAAAUAAUAAUUUUAUUUCAAGAGAUUUUACAAAUUUACAAUAUGUACAGAUCCCGAGUUCAUUUUUACAACGGUCACGGAAAUAUUUUCUUCGUUUUUACAAUCUUCUUAUACAGAUUUUCUUCACGCGUCGACGAGUAGAAGGUCUGCGCACGACUUAGCCUUUGUCGUCCUGAAAAAAAAGUAUAAAGAAUUAUUUAAAAUCCUAUUUUUAUUUUGAAAGUUUAAUGUGUUAUAUAAUUAAAUAAUUAAUAUAUAUAUAUGUUUCGUAUUGAUUAUGUAAAAGUUUGGAUUCAAUUAUUAAAAUAUUAUUGAAAUAAGUAUUGAAUAAGUAUUAAAACUUAUAAUAUUGUAUCAGAUAAAUAUUCAUAUUUUUGGAAUAUUACGAUACGUUUAUUGUAAAAUAAAAAACUAAGAAUUUUCGGGAAAUAUAUUAGAAAAAUAAAAUCAAAAGAUUAGAUAAAACUUUUUAAAUAAAGAUUCAAUUUUCCUUUGAUUAAUUUUGUCUCGAAAACGUAUUUUUUAAAAAAAUUCAAUUUUAUACGUAUAUCUAUUUUAAAUAUUUUACUCUUUAAAAUUGAAAAAUUAGUAUGAUUAAUCCUACUACUUUUACAUAAUCAGUACGAGAAUAUCUAAUAUACAAUUUUAUAAUACAUAUUCUUUUAACUCAAUUUUCUUUUCUCCUUUUUUUUUAAUACAAUCAUUUAAAUUGUAAAACUAUAUGCAACUAUAACACUGCCGUACUCACUGUAGUUCCUUAUUUUUAAUGCGUCUACAAAGGUGCAAAGCAACCGGUCCAGUUUUGAUAUUACGGAAAAGCUGAACGGCCUUUCUAUGGGUCAAGUCGUGACAGACAUGGCCAUUCACUGCCAAAAUCUCGUCACCUGCUCGCAAACGGCCAUCUUCUGCGGCUUGCCCCCCUGGCAAUACCGAUUUUAUAAAGAUACCUGUAACAAACAUAAUUAUAUAGAAUAGUAUAGUGUGUUAUGGAUUAGAGAAAGGAAACUAAGCAACGAUUAAUCGAAAUGAAUUCGAUAAAGAAAUAUUAUUAACGUGAUAAUUAUUAAUUAUUUACUCGCAGAUAAUUUAUUAACAUACGAUUUGAUGAAAUUGAAUAGUGUUAAUAAAUAAACUUUAUAGACAAGCUCUGACAAUGUAGUGUUUAACGUAACAAUUUGUAAUUUGUAGAAAAAAUUUUUAUAUAACAAUUAAAAUUUAGAAUUCUAGAAUUUAGAAGAUUCAGAUUUUAAUUUGUAUCGUUAUGAGAAUUUAAUGAAUUGAAUUGAAAACUUUGCGAGGAAAAUUGUCCUUUGAAUUUUAUUUUAAAAUUUAAUUUUCAUAUUUUUGUUUUAGCGACGAUAGUGAUAAAUUAUGUAUUUUUAAACAGGAUAAAUAUUAUUAUUUUUUUUUAUUUGAAUUAUUGGAUUUUUAUCUAUUAGCACGAAAAAAUAAAAUUUAAAAAUCUUAUUUCUUUUUUGAAAUUAAUUUGAUAAUACAAAAUAUAAAUGGACAAUUCUAUGAUACUAAUUUACUUUUGAAAGAAUGUAUUUUAAAAAAGAAAUAUUCCUAAUGAAAUUAAAAUGAAUAAAAUCGUAAUAUCUUAAUCAUCUAAUUCGUCAUGCUUUCAAAAUUAAUUUUUUAAAUCGUUGUCUCCGCGUCGUAUCUACUUGAUCUCCAUCUGUUAUACAAAUUUAAUUCUUUACAAUAUAUUAUCGUAUAUGAAUUAACUACAUUAUACUUUGAACUAUAUUAAAAUCUAUUCCUAAUUUUACGUAAAAAUUAAAACAAUGAAUUACCGCGAAUCAAACUUAUUUUAACAAUUUAAAUACAAAUAAUUUCUUCCCUGCAUUUUCCUGUUCCAUAAUCAUAUUCAAUUCAUUACAUCAUUUCAACAUAAAUAAUACCACAAUUUAAAAUAUUAAUAUCCAAAUAAUCAAUUCUUUCUCUCUCUCAUCAAUCCCCCUCCUCUCUCU